UUUUGCCAAUCGUGUUAGUCGUGCGCAAGCAAAACACUAUUAAACAACAUUUAUUUUAGUCUCCCGUGCCAUAUAAUUUUCCAAUUUCACCUUUAAACUUUACUUACAAAAUGGACCUGAGCACAACAUCAACCUCUAAUCGGAAUAACCAACCGGUAGUUUUACCAGUGUCGAUUACAACAAUUACUAAUAAAAUGACUCAUCGGAUUGCAAAAAGUGUAUUUAGUAUCCGUAGCAUUGUAGAUGUUGAAACCAGACAUAAUUCAACAGCUCAAACACCAAUCGAUAAUCAACAUUCAAUAAAUAUUAAACUUCAUUAUCAAGAUGAAAAUCGAAUGGAAGAUGAAGAUAUUCAUCCACCUCAGACAGGUUCAUCUGAUACUACUACUAUUGUUAGUAGUAAUGCUGUUACUGCUACUGUUGAUACAAAUACAACCAUUACCGCAGUUACUGCUGUUGCUGGUACAGCACCACCUACCAGUCCAGAAAGUGAUGCUGAUAUUGAAGAUUUUACACCUAAAAGAAAACAAAGAAGAUAUAGAACAACUUUUACAAGUUUUCAACUUGAAGAACUGGAAAAGGCAUUUUCUAGAACUCACUAUCCUGACGUUUUUACGAGAGAGGAACUUGCUAUAAAAAUUGGUCUUACAGAAGCUCGUAUUCAAGUUUGGUUUCAAAAUCGGCGUGCAAAGUGGCGGAAACAAGAAAAAGUAGGACCACAAGGUCACCCAUAUAAUCCUUAUUUGAGUGGUACCGCGAUUCAAUCAUCGACUGUAGUUACUCCAACGCUCCCACAUCCUUUUGCCCAUCUAGGAACAUUUGCACUGCGAAAACCGUUUGAGGGAUUUCGCUACACACCGUUAGGACCCGGGCCUAUUCUCAGUCCCAGUUAUGGAAUAGGUAGUGGAGGCGGUGGAGUUAGUGGUGUUAGUGGUAGCAGUCAUCCUUAUCAUCGUCCACCUCCACCUAUGCUUUCAUCACCAAAUAUGCCGGGAUUAUCUUAUUCAGCAACCGCCGCAUCAUUUCAAACUCUUUUGGCAAAUAUUUCCGCCACGCAACAGCCAAAAAUUCCAUUACCUGGAUCAUCUUCACCGCCACCAACAUCAUCAUCUUCAAAAAUAUCCGCUUCAUCUCCAACUGCAUCAACUUCACCCACAUUACCAAUAAUACCUUCAACGUCAUCAGUGAUAAGUUUGCCACCCCAAUCUUCGACAAAAUCACCUGUUUCUAUUACAGAAACGAGAUUACCUACAGAAUCUACAUUAUCUAGCGAAACUGUUAAAAAUAUUCCAGCUGAUAUUGAUAGACGGACUAAUAGUAUUGCAUCAUUAAGAUUGAAAGCACGAGAAUUUGAAUUACAUUUAGAGAUGUUAAGAAAAAAUGGUGAUUUAAUUAGCUAAAAAUAAUAAUAACAAUAAUACUAAAAAAGGAUACAUUAUAAACAGAUAAUUGUAUUUUUAUCAACCUAUAAACAU